AGACCGUUCGUGCGCCGGGGCAAAAAAGUGGCCGUUGUAGAGAGGUGGCCGUCAGUGGAGGUUCCACUGUACUCAUUAUUUUCAACAGUUUUAACAUCAUGUAGUACUCCAUCCUCAAGACACAAGGGGCUGCUAGUCGGCACGAUGCGAUAUUUUCGGGCGAAAGUUUGCUUCAAGGAUACCCAGGGGCUUUUCCGCUCAGGCUCUUGAAGUAAACUUUUGCCCGAAAAUAUCGCAUCGUACCGACAAGCAGCCCCUGGGUUUCCGAGGAUGGUAGUACUUGGGCAUUGGGAAUUACUUUCUUCAUAACUUGUGCAACAGACUUGGAAUGGACAAGUGAGGAAGGUGAAUCGUCCACCCUUGCUUGAACCUAGUAUCACCCGGUAGGAAACAGCCGCAGGUGGAGAAUGAAACACUGGGUAUUAGGACCUACUGCACUGAUCAAGCUUCAGUUGAAUUAUUGAUAAUCGGUUGUUGAAUUUCCCUCUCAUUCUUGUAGAGCAGUAAUUUACAGAUAUUUUCAGUCUUGGCAUACAAUCUCAUCAAGGUGGUGAAUCAGAGAUGAAAUAUCUUGCCAAUUGCUGGAAAUGUGUCGCUGUGGAGCUGCAGAAAGGAGAAUUUAACAACAUGAUCAUCUAAAUUUAUGACAAACAAUGCCUGUCUGGUCCCUCUGGUACCUGCUGCUGGCUUUGAUAUUAUUUCACUCUGUGUUUUGCAGUGAAGCUCAUAACAAAGGAUCAACUGUUAAGCAACACAAAGAAUCUCUUCUAAAGUUCUUCAAGCUUAAUGAUGAAAACCCGACUUCGGAAAAUGCAACUUUGAACAUAACAAACAGUCCGGGGAGAUGUGGACUCCUAACCAAGAAACUCUGCGCCCAAAAGCAUAAAAGUAAAAGCAACACGGUGAAAAAAUCAUUUCGUCCUUACUAUUAUGAUGACGACGACGACGAAGAUUCGGAUGAUUACGAUGAAACCGCCGAUGACGACGACUUUCCGGAGGAAACCGAGACAGGUUCUUAUCGAUCUUAUGCACCUCGGGAUCACGAAAGGCCAUACGAUGAUGAGUCCGAAGAUUACGAUCGCGAAUCUUGGCGAGGUCAAAACUUCGACGAUGAAGACUCUGAGCCACGUGAAAGGCCUGGGUACGAGGGAGAUAUGGAUGAUUGGGACUGGGACUCACCAAGACGUCAUGGUGAAAGACACACUUUCAAAGAUAGAGAAAGAUGGAGGUCACAUGACGUUCCACAAGACGACGAUGAGUUCGAACCAAGCUAUUCCACUCAAUAUCGCCAUCACCCAAGACAUUCGCAUUAUCGACAUUAUCACCAUCAGUAUCGACCCCCAGUUCAUGCAAGUUAUCGAACAUUCAGCCAAGCCGCGCCUUCGUGGCCUACGUACUUCCAGGAGUAUUCAAGGCGUAGCCCUUUCGCUGCCCCUGUGCCGUAUGUUACUAAUCCGGCGAGCGUGGAUUGGACAAGAGGUCUCGCCUCUUACCAACCAAGGUGGCAGCCUCGGUAUUACCCUCCUGUGGCAGCUACAUCUGCGCCGCAAUCGUUCAACACUCGGCUAGCAGGCCCUAGCAGUUUGAACCCUUACCAACAGAACAUACUCAGCUAUCAAAAUCGGGAGUCCAAUUCAUUUUUUAUUCCACCCUAUCAUGUUUCAUCGCCUUCAUACUUACGAGCUACAACGCGUAAUCUCGUGGAUUUUACUAUCCCAAACUCUCUCCCGGGAGUAGCAGCGAGUUCCCCUCGGCUAUCUCACCAUAUCUAUCAUUACCCUCCGGUAGUUUCUCACUCCAGACAUAUAAUCAGCCCGUUUUCUAGACCGUUUAUAAGACGUCGGGAGUUUUCUGACGCAGUUCUUAACAGACUCAGAGACAUGAAUCUUCAUUAGCAAGAAGGCACGAUCUGUUAUGCUGUGAUUUCAGCAACAAUCUUUAAAAGUGAACGAGAUCUCGCAGACUGACAAGAUUAUCAGCGUUUCAGUGCAACCUGAUUGAAAAGUUCAUCAAUAACGAAAUAAAGAGCUGCAUCGCCAUGCAAGAUCUGGUUAAGCUCUCGCGAUUUAUUCAAUUCCUACCAUUCUAUGAACAUUAAAAAUAACUAGGUGGACACGAAUUUUCGUCGUAAUAUCAAAAGGUAUGACAUAAGAUAUAUGUUAUUAUUCAUAAUGUUCUCUGGCUAAUCAUUUAAUAGUCAUUGGGUAAUUAUAAUUCAUUGCACGACAGUUAGACAGAAACGUUUUUCACAACAGGACGGCAGGCUGACUCAAAGCUUGUUGUUAGUGCUGUGGGCCGCAAAAUGGGCAGAGUGGUCGCUGAAAGCAAUUGCGCAUGUGCAGGACUAAUCAUUUUAACAUCCGCUGAGUAAGAGAUAGACACUAGUCGCUGGGCUGGCCGCGUGGGCUGAAGCGUAGUACUUGAGACUGGUAACGAGACCAUGGAAUUUGGUUGUGGAACAGGGUGCAACAAAGGUGUAGGGACAGCGGUCAUCUGAGGUAAUCCUGUUGAGCUUGUGGGUAAUGUUGGAGGUGUUGACGAGGCGUCAAUUUUGAAACAUCCUGGAAACAAAAAUUACAGUCAGGGUAAAUUUCCAGUGAUGAGCUUAUCCGCCCUAAAUCUUGUAUCCAGCCAAAGUUCUCAGAAGGAGCCUCGGGGACUCUAAGCAAUAGGGUACAAGAUUGAUGCGCGCAUUAUGAACCAUCGUGUUGGGCACUUUUUAUGGACUCUGAACACAUUCUAGAAAGAGUGCUGUAUUACAUACAUUCCGUCGCCUUACUCGAUCAAAAUAUCAAUUCUCUCUCCAAUCGUUUUUCUGUUGGUAAUAAGGCGACAUGUUUACUCGUCUUUUAAUGAAUUGAUUCAUUUCUAACGCCGGACUGAACGUAGUGUAAACUUAGGACCAAUUAGGGGAGCUUUUAUAUUACAACCAAUCAGAGAAGCCAUUAUAUUGCAAUCAGUAAGGGAAGCCGUUAUAUUGCGAAGAAUACAAAAGCAAAAAACCGACACAACGUAGAAUGAUUUUUUGAAGGUGUACUAUA